AUGUCAUCCUUGGCAUCAGCAAAUCAGAGCUCCGGGGAGCCGGAGGAUUAUUCCUACGGGAACUGGUACAUUGAUGAACCGACCUCAGGAGGAGAGGCAUCUCAACCAGACAAAACUAUUCCGGCCUGCCAACACAGCUUCCCACCCAGCCUUUACCAUACAUGCUUGGCCCCGCUGUCGCUGGCCACCAUCUUGCUGCUGUCCCUGCUAGUGAAACGCCGGAAGCUCUGCCUGGGAUGCUGGAAUGGGAUCUUUGGACUUCCCAGCCCUUUGGAUUUCUUGGCAGAAGAAAGUGGCCGAUUGGUGCCUGUGGCUGUGUUUGGGAUCCUCUUCACUAACCUCUGUGUGCUGGGUUUGGACGACGACCCUUUGCCC